GUGCUUCGGAUACAAACGCUUGGCCUGCACUGAAGCUGUAUUUUUUAGUAGUUGCGCAUCUCAACAGUUCACACAGAACUAUGGGAACCGGAGUGGAAAGUAGUGUUUUCCUGCCUUGUUCUGAAGGUUUAAUGGCAAAAGAAGAACUUCAUCUUGUUCUGUGGUGGCUGUAACCGCGUUUAUUUUAUGUUUUACUUUUUUUUUUUCAUGAAACCUGGGGAUAUUUGAGCGUGGUCAUAAAAGGAAGCGUGCAGUCAGUGGUUCGGUGGAUUGACUUCUCAAGUAGGAAUGGCCACUGCAAGGCUUGAUUACGUUGCUCCGUGGUGGACAUACUGGCUGCACAAUUUCCCUCACUUCAAUUUCUUUUUCCAGUCGGUCGACAACACUUUCAAACCCGAGGAAGAGAGCUAUCAGCAGUCUCUGAUAUUUCUAGCAUGUGUUGGUGCAGUGGGUCUGGGUCUGAGCCUGCUGGUUCUGGCAAUAUGCCUGGUCUGCUUGUGCUGCUGCCGCAGGGACUUAGGUGAAGACACCAAAAGACCUGAUACCUGCUGCCUCACUUGGUCUGCUGUCAUCACAGGCCUCAUUAUAUGUUCUGCUGUAGGAGUGGGUUUCUAUGGAAACAGUGAGACCAACGAUGGGGUGUACCAGCUGACCUACUCGCUCUACAAUGCCAAUCACACAUUGGGUGGCCUCAACAAUCUGGUUGCAGGAUCUCUGGGCAAUGUUCAAACUGGACUCAAGCAGCACCUGGAACGACUGGAUGAAAUCUUUUCCACAAAGUCAGACUACCUCCAAGCUCUGCGCUUCAUGCAGCUGAUGGUUAACAACGUCGUUCACGAGAUGACUACUCUGCCUGAUAUCACCAAAGCAAAUGUUGAUUUGGCAGCCAUUGCUGACCAAACAGCUUUAAUUGAGUAUUACAGAUGGCUGACCUUUUUGCUGUUGCUGAUCCUGGAUCUGGUCAUCUGCUUGGCCACGUGCUUGGGGAUGGCCAAGCAGUCUCGAUGGCUCCUUAUCACGAUCAUGGCUUUUGUAGUGCUGUCUAUGAUCCUAAGCUGGGCCUCACUGGGAGCGGGCACUGCUACAGCUGUGGGCACCAGUGACUUUUGUGUGUCUCCAGACAAGUUUAUUGUUAAUCAAACCAAGGAUUUCCUCAGUGCAGAUGUUGCACACUAUUAUUUGUUCUGCAGUCCGAAUCUACCAAACCCUUUUCAACAGUCUUUGACAAUCUGCCAGCAUUCUCUGACCACCAUGCAAAUCCAGAUCCAGGGCUUGCUGCAGUUCUCGUUGCCCGUCUUCCCCACUGCUGAGAGAGACCUUUUGGGGAUCCAGCGACUGCUGAACUCCACCGAGUUCAGUCUCCACCAGCUAACAGCCUUGCUCGACUGCCGCGGGCUACACAAGGACUACCUGGAUGCCCUAAUGGGUGUGUGCUAUGAUGGGGUGGAAGGGCUCCUCUACCUCUCUUUGUUUUCUCUGCUGGCUGCCUGCGCACUCUCUGCCAUGCUGUGUGCGAUUUUUAGAGUGUGGACACUAAUAGGCAGCAGGGACAAAGAGUAUGACGACAUAGAUGAGGAGGACCCGUUCAACCCAGAAGCGCGGCGGAUAUCCUACAACCCCAGAAGGUCCAACAUCCACAGUUUCUGUAGCUAUACCAGCAGCCUCAGUAGCCAGGCCAGCCUUCAUCCACCUCCGCAAUCUGCCUCUAAUGUCAUGCCACCUCCUGAAUACAUGAAUCAGUCCAUGCUGUUUGGAGGGAGUCCUCGAUAUGAGAACGUGCCGCUGAUAGGGAGAGGAUCCCCACCUCCCUCGCGUACCAAAGACUUGAAACCACCUUUUGAGCAAGAGGAAGAGAGAGAAUGUGGACCAUUGUUUAAAAUUACUCGCCCAGUAUGAGGACCACUUAUCUAUCUAUGACUGACGCCCAGAUCAGACACUUUGGGACUGACUUCCAGGUGUAACCUGCUACCUACGGAAUCCAUUUUAGAGAAGCACUGUCUGAGAUGCUGGGUUUAUACCAAGGAGGCUGUCUUAAUGGCAUAAUCUCGCUGUUCCAAUCUGAGACAUGAAAGCAGGCCAUAUGAGGCAUUUACCGCAGUAACACACCAAUGCAGUGCUCAGAAAGCCCUGCAUGCAGUUCUGAACAGAGACGACCUGUACAGGUUCCUCUCAAGACUGUUGUGGAUGUUGUCAUGAUGUAUGGAAACACUGUUGCUCCAAUAUAAGCAUUUCUAUAAGCCAAAUCAAGAGCCUUUGAACUGAUUUGAUGAAAAAAAAUGUUUUUGCUUUUUUCUGUGUUCUUGUAGCCUGCAAGGAUACUUGGAUGACUGAAUAUGACCCAUAGAACUGCCAUCAUUUUGAUUUUUGCUAAAUUCCUACUCUUUGGCAGUUACUUAAUUCCUUCAUAUUCUGCCUUUGUGCAAUUUUUAAUGGUGCUAAAUGAAAUCAAACACCAUAUUUUCAACUUUUAUAAUAAUAAACAAAUUUAAAACCAUACCAAAUAUUGUGCUUUUGUUGCGAAGAGCCAAAGAUGCAACUAAUUUGAUCUGCGUGAUCAAUUAAAAUUUUCUCUUUCUAGGUAACUGCCACAGGUUUAGGCAUCUGAUUGCUCUGCUGAUCAGGGAUCAGUCACAUAGUCGUAGCUGAGGGGUUUGUCAUUGUUUUGCUACAUUUGUAGACCAUAUAGCAGUAGCAUGUGGGUAAAUGUCCCUGGAUUAAAUAAGCACAACAAAAUGGGAUUUAAUUCACUUCCAGGAAUGUAUCACUGUGCUGUGCAGCUGGUAAAACAUAAACUGAAUUUGCAGAAGUUAAAGUUGUUCUAAGAUCAAUCUACCCUCAUUAUCUUGUAAAUGAGAAAGUCUUCUCUUCAGUGUUGGAUAAAUCUGCUGAAUGCUGUUUUCUGUGUUGGAUCAUGUAUCAAACUAAACUAACGUUUGAUCAUAAAUUCUGUAUUUA